AUGUAUGCAAUGCUUUUCGUGAUUCUGAUACUAAUAUGAAUCCACGACAGCAGCGUCGUGACAGAUUAAAUUGGAGAUUUCAUCCACAAGCUUGUUACACGAGUAGAUUGCUUAAUUUUGCUAAUCUUCCAGAACCUACCAAUUUCUUUACUCGAUAUCGCACACAUAGCCCUUCAAGUUCUCAAAUUGAUCUUGAACAAUUAAGAACACCCUCAAUGGCACUCUCAGAUCCUAUAUAUACAUCACUCCUACGUAAACACUAUCGAGCCGAUAAGAUAUUUUUUAAAGAAUCAGAAAUCUGUUCAGACAAUGAAAGUACUUAUUCACAAGAAAUAUUAUCUGAUGAUGUAACAUCAUUGCGGUACUCUAAAGCCAUAACCACAGAACUAGAACGUCGAUCAACACCUGAUGUAGGAGGUAGAACAUCACGAUAUUCAUUAGCAUUAGAAGCCGAACUUCAACGAUGCACCACACCAGAAGGUCGGAACAAGAAACAACGAAAAGGAAAAAAGCAUAUACCGGCCAUAGGAUCAACAUUUAAUGAUACGAGAAAUAUAGCGGUGCAUAAUAAAAGACAGAACGAUCUUAGAAAAAAUAUUUAUAACAGAUAUGAUCAAAAUGCAUCUAAUAAGGCACGAAAAGAAAUGGCACAAACUUAUAAAUAUUCAAUAGAAUCAAUUAAAGAAACUGGUAUAAAAUCACCACCAAAGCUUUUGGGAGAACAUUUAUUUCAAGAUGACGAUGAUGCAUAUCAGAAUUACGUAUUACAAUUUGUUAGAAGGCAACCUACUAUUCAACGAGCAAGAAAGGAAAAGACAACAUCUAUAUUUGUAUCAAAAUUUGACCAUCAAACAGAUUCAACACCACCCCCACCGAUUCGU